AUGCUCGCCUGUUUCUUGUUCGGUAGUGCCGUGGCCUAUAACCUCGUCAUGAUUAUUUAUCGUCUUCAUUUCCAUUCACUCAGUCGAUUCCCUGGUCCUCGGCUCGCUGCUGCGACUGGGCUAUACGAGAUCUACUUUUCAGCCUGGGGUCCUGGGUUCUUUGAAAAUGAGAUCGACCAGAUGCACCAGAGAUAUGGUCCGGUGGUUCGCAUUACUCCCGAUGAGGUCCAUGUCCAAGAGCCAUUCGGCUCUAACUAUGCCGACUGCUGGAUCAAGGGCACGCGAGCUUUGGAGUCUGGUCGUCCUUUGCGACAUACCCAUUUCCAAAUCAGGAAGCGGUCCAUAUCUCGAGUUCGGUCUUUGAUCCGGGUGGAGGUCAAUCAGAUCAUCAGUGGUCUGAUCGAGAAGCACCAGGUGCAUAAGGUGUAUAGUGCAAGACUUCCACCUUUCAUUCCACUGUCGCGUGCCCAAAAUCCAGUCAGAGGCGAUGUGGAGGACGAUGUUCCAGUCUCAGAUAUUCUCUCAACGUCUGGUACUCGGGGUAAUUGA